AUGGCGGAUCACUGGGUGGCAGAAGUUUUUCCUCCAAAAUUCCAGUUUGGAAGCGUAGAUGAAUUGCUGAAAAGCCCAGAAGAAGGCGAGAAAAGUUCAGAAAAGCUUGAAUAUCUCGAUGACGUUUAUAGGAGAGUUUAUUUCGAGGAGCAAAGGGCGAAAACAUCUACUGAUGAAGACGACCAAGUUCUUGUGGAGCGACUGGAAAAGGGUCGACAAAUCGUUUCAAAACAGAAGAAACGACAGAGAAAACCGAAGCGUAAGGACCAAGAUGAGUGUAUCUGGAAUGAAAAUGAGCUGCAAACUUUGCGUAGAUUUCUACAGAAAGCUAAAAUGCAAAAUCUCAAGCUCGCCGCCAUGUUAGAAUCGGCACAAGAGGAGAUUCAUUCUUGGAAGGGAAAGUUUAAAGACGUCGCUGAAUCAGAGAGAGCUGUCAAAUGCAACUUAGGAGUAUUGAAAAAGAAAUAUGAGAGGUUAAAAGUUAACUACAGAGCACUCAAAGAAGAUUUGAGAAGAUAUCACGCUAACUUGAAAAUUUCUCGGGAGGAACGUAAGCAAUUAGAAAUUGAAAGAGAUGAAACAGAGAAUUUGCUCAAACAAACGCAAGCAGAAUUGAAUCAAGAGAAGCUCAACAAGAUACAUCUCCAAUUUAAGCUUGAUAAAAUGGAAAAAGAAAAAGAGGAAAAUUUUAAAAGUUAUGAGGAUUUUAUAACACAACAGCAUUUGCUUGAAAUUAAAAAGUUACAGAAAGAAAUCAACAGGUUGAGAAGUGAGUUUGAAAAGGAGAAACAUGAUAAUGAUUUGAACAAGAGAGCUCUGGAGCACCUCAGGAGCCAUUUUGCCAAUUUUAUGGUUAAUCAGGAGAUUAAGAAUGGUAAUAAUAUGGUGGAAAAUAUUCUGAGUGUAAUUGACAUUGAUUACCUACCUGAAUGACCAAAUUUUUUAAUUACUUUGAUCAUAGAUGGGACCUCUAAAAAAAAAGGAUCUGUAGGGUAUCCUGACCCAUCUUGUCUAUAUCUGACAUCUUACAACAUGGAACUCUGCAGACCUGGUUUUAUCAUCAUAGAAUUUGUUUAAUUUUUUACUAUUCUCUGUUAAAACUCUCCUUCUUGAAUAGAGUGUAGAGCUCUCAGGAGGUGUAAUACUCUGGAAAAUUGCAAAGGAGAAAGUGUGAGGACCUUUCUGAGUUUGGAACAUUUUUUUCAACCAGUUUAUUUGGAUACUUACGUAAUUAUGUUGCUCGUAUUGGCUCCAUGCUUUUGACCAUGAUUUUUCUCUUUAUUAAACCCGUCACAUAUAUAUUACAUAACUUAAGCAUCAAACCUCUUGGACAAAGGAAUAUAUAUAUUUUUUGGUAUUUACAGUUUGCCAUGGUUUUGUAGAUUAGUAUUACCUGGUUGGAUGUUGUCAGGACAAUUGACUUGAAUUGAUUGGACAAUUUCAGCCAAACCAUUCCCAGGUCAAAGCAUAAAAACAAAGGGGUUUGGGACUCUUAUUUAUUGACAGGCUGCUGGGAAUGUGCAUUUGCACCUGGAUUGAUUAUAACUGGUUUUCAUUUUCUUUGACUUCCUAAAAAUAGUUAUAAAUUUUCAUCCCAACUGCCUUGUUGGGGAAUAAAUUGUGAUUUACUUUUUUUACAUAGACUUUUAGCUAGACAUUUUCUAAGUUCAAUCGGAAUUACCACAUGGAAUGUUACAAUAAAAUCUCUCUCCUCUCUCCCUCUCUCCCCUCCCCCCCCUUCCUCGUCCCCACUUAUAGUACUUUUUUACUCAUGUGGGAGGGACAAGAUAAGCAUCAAAUCAAAUUACAGAUAACAAGAAGUCUUUGUUAACAUUAAAUGAUGAAUGAUAAAAAGAUAUUAACCACAAUAAAUAUGCAAUGCUCAUAGGAGUGUGAAAUAAAAAAAAAUUUGACUCUGCCAUACAGUAAAACCCUUCUACCAUCAAUGAGUUAGUUUCAGUUUUAUAUUUCUAAUGAAGAAGGUUUCACAAUUUGAAGUUAAAUUCUCUGUGUGAUAAUUUUUAUUUUUCAUGGAGCUCCUGCAUAAGAGUGUUGUUACAUUGAAGGGGAAAUUUGACAUUAGUCUUUCCCUGAGUAAUUUUAGAUUCUAAUUACUUUCAAACAUUUUUUGAUAGUACGCAUGUUCAUAAAGGUUUGAGUACCCGUUUACAUUCAAUGAGUCAUGCUUUCUCUUCAAAUCCAAAGUUCCCUCAAUUUCAAGUUAUUUAAAAAUUAAGUAAGUCCAUUUUUAUUGCAUAAAUUAUUUCCUUUAACUUUCAAAAAUAUGCAACUUUUGAAAAAAAAAAAUGAAUCGUGAAAUAAAGUCAAGGGUAUAAGUCAAUUAAAGUUGAAGAGGAUGUUUUUUUUUUCUCGUCUGGCUUCUUUUGUUUCGCUUCAAACAGCACUUAUCCAUAUUUGGUGACCUAGCAACACUGACAACAAAGACAGUCCAGCUAGCUCUCAGCGCCUUCAUUCAAUGCAGAUGAGCAGUCAAUAUUUGUUACGUCUAUCGGCGUUAGAAUCCUCUGUUAGGGUACCGAGCAUCGCAGUUUUUUAUAAGACGAGCAUACUGCUUGUGUGUUACGAGGUAUGCGAAGGGGGACAAACUUUUCCUCUACGAAUCGUGUGUUGCGAUUAAACACAAGCCAAUACCGACGGGAAUAUAAGAGCGGUGCUGUUUAUCACGGCGAACUCGAGGGAAGCAAGAAGAGCGGUAAGGGGAUCUUUAAGUGGCCAAAUGGAGCUUGCUAUGACGGAGAAUACGUAGAUAACACAAGACAUGGCUAUGGGAAACAAUAUUGGCCUGAUGGUUCGACGUACGAAGGCGCUUUUGAACGUGAUCUUCGACAUGGUUCUGGAACGCUGACUUGGGCUGAUAAAGAGGUACUUGUAGUAAGAGAUGAGAUAAUGGCCGUAAAAUGAGAAAGCGGUUUUUUAACCGUCUUCGAUUUUAGUAAACGAUUUUUUUAAUGGUUUCAAAUUAUAUCAUACACCUCCAAAAUUUCGUUUUAAAUGUGUUCUCGGAGUCAGAAGGUACUGUAUACAUAGGGUGUGAGACUUGUGCGUUGAAAUAGAGUCAAUUUGUUUAAGUGAAGGACUUGCUUUCGCGAUUUUGGUUCAGUUUUCCGUAAUUGUCAUGACAAGACCGGGGAUUAUGUUUGAGACAGUAGGCGUCUUACGGGUUUAACUUAGUUUGCUUAGCUUAGAAUAAAAACUGUAAUUCUGGAACAAAAUGUAUUGUAGAAUAUUUAAUUUGGCCGCUAACAGGUCCUUGUUUGCUUUUCGUUCAAUCCUAGGACAGUUCUACUCGAUGUUUACUUAAAUUUUCGAGAUGUUUUACUUUCGCUUAGCAAAGAUGUCAAGGAAAAUGUGAACUAAGCUGCAGUUUAUAAUUAACAGAAAAGCCAGAUUUUCAAGGAUAUUGACUCGUAAAUUUCCACACCAAAGCUGCCUCCAGUUUGGUUUGGGUGCUAAAGUGAAUGGCGUUAAUUUGACCGAUUAACUUUUUGAGUGUAUACUCGAAAACGCCACCAUUGAUCCCGGCAAAGAUAUCUCAGCUGAUAUCUUUUCUUACUUUCAUUUUCCUUUCAUUUUUCAUUUAUGUAUGAAAAUUAUCGACUCAAUAGUGCCAAUUUAAUGCGUAAACACCACGAAACUGAUGUGUGAAUUCCCUAGGGGACUCUGUUUAUAAUAAAAACAUACCGGCGGCUCUGCCAGGUGGCUUCUUUCUGCGAACCAUAAUGUGGCUCUAUGUUUUUCAAAAUUAUUCUAAUUGCAUUCUGAAAGGAUAGGCUUAAGUUAGAUAAAAUAGAUCAGAAAGAAGAGUGCACAUAGGAGAGCAAUUAAUGUGAACAGAGUGUGUCAGGCGGUUGUGAAUGCAAGUUCCAUGUUUUCACUUAUGGACAGAGCUCCAAUUGUUUAUGCUGCUCUUUCAUGUUGACCUCUACAUAUUUCUCAGUUCAAAUGGUUCUAAGAUAGUGGUAGCAACUUCGCAAUUAAGCAAGGGAUGGUGAAAAAAAGAAAUCAAAGAAACUUAAGAGACUGCAAAUUAUUGUUUAAAUACUGGUGCAUGCACAUCUUGAGUGAGAAUGGAAUCUUUACCUGCAUCUGCUAUUUGCAAGGUUUUGAUUGACAGUGCAAUUUUUUUCAUAUAGAGCUAUCAAGGAGAGUUCUAUAGAGACAGACGGCAUGGAAAAGGAGUUUAUACUUGGCCUGAUGGUACAAAAUUUGAAGGUCACUUUGAAAAUGACAAGAAAGAAGGUUUUGGUACAUUUUUCUUUCCAAGUGGCAAUAAAUUUGAGGUUUGUAUAAUUUGAAGUGAAAACAUCACUCUACAAGUGAUUGUGUUCAACUAACUCAAUUAGUCAGAGUCCUUGAAAUGACUUCAAGAGAAAUUGUUGUUGUUUUUUUUUAAUUGAUUCAACCAACUUAAUUAAUCAGAGUCCUUCAAAUGACUUCAAGUGAAAUUGUUGUUGUUGUUUUUUUUUAAUUGUAGGGAAUAUAUCGCAGAGAUGAGAGGGAUGGUCCAGGAAUAUUGACAUACUCUAACGAAGAACAAGAUGUUGGACUCUGGUGUGGGGAACGGUUAAUCAAACUGUGCUCUGUAAUGGACAGUGCCUUCCUCUUUCAGCACUACUCUAACUACAAUGUGAAUGCUGGUCAAAAUUUGUCUAACAGAGUGAUACGAGCCAAUACUGCAAGGGAGAAUGUAAGAAACAAUACCCCUUCAUUGCAAGACUUUGAAGGUACCAAUGACACAGAAUCAAGUAAAGUGUUGUCUCAAAUUCCAAGUUCUUUCUCAUACCUGGAUAUUUUGGAAGGUGUUCGUGGUAACAAAGGUUCUAAAGGCCCUGUUGAACGUGCAUCAGAGGAACUUUUAAAAUCAUCAGCAGCUGGAGAUUGCUUCAAGGUUCGCAGUUUGAUUGAAAGUGGAAAAGUUAAUGUGGAUGUUGCUGAUAAGACUGGCUAUACUGCUUUACUUGCUGCCGCCGUGAGUAUUUCAUAUGAAGUUGUUGUUAGUUGUGUUGUACAGGUUUUGGUGCAAGGCUGCCUCUUAUUUGGGGGUGGUGGGUUGGGAUUUGUACAUCGAUGCAAUAGCUAGAGUCAUACUUACAAAAAAAUGUAAAAUUUUUUUAUCAUUAUUUUUUUCAUCUUUUUAGUUUAUUUUUUUUUACUAAUUUCAGUGCAUAUUUUGUGUUGUCACCACCCAUUUUAUUUUCUCAUUGAUGUAAUUUUUUCUUUCCUUUUCCUUAACAUUCUAAUGUAAUGCAAGUUCUUUUGAUGUAUAACAAAAAAACAAAAACAAAAAAAAAGGAAAAAAGGAAAUAUAGGAGUCAAGUUGAGCCUCCCUUCACCAGUGUUGCCAUGGAGUUGGCUUUACUUCUGUCACUCUCCUGGUCCAUAUAACUUGUACAUAUAAUUGUGUGGAGACCAAUGUGUCUUCAUUGCUUUGUUUUCAAUUACCACCCACAACUGUAAUGAGAGCCUUUGUUUUUUUCAAGGUCAAUUGUCACAGAGAUGUUAUCAAUUGCCUACUGGACAAUGGUGCCAAUGUCAAUAAGUUGAAUGAUGAGGGGUUAUCAGUUCUUGCUGCCUGUCAUGUUCUCUUCUAUACAAAACACACCUGGAAGAAUAACAUUGCUGAGACCAUUCCUGACGAAAAUUUGUUUAAUUGCAUACAGGAAGAUAAACAGAAAGGAAUUUAUAUUCAUCGGAAUUAUCGGCAGAAUGUUGUGCUUGAGGAUAGCAGACUUGAAAAAAACCUGAACGAUUCUGAUGAUACUGAGGAAAACUCUGAAGAUGAAUGUGUUGAAAAUAUUCAAAAUGAAAACUGUAAUCAAGAUGAAACAAACAAUUCAAAGAUGCCAUACAAAGUUAUUGAAUUCAAUGACAGAAUAGUUGCAGAUGCAGAUAGUGAUAGUGCAGAGCUUGAAAACAACUUGAACAAUAGCCUACAAAGUAAAUUAGAUUUUAAUAGAUCUGGUUUUAAGAAAAGUUCUGACAAUGAAGGAAAACUGAUCAUCCAGCCUGGUGGGAAUAACAUUCUUAACUCUGGAAUUUUGACAUCAGUCAGUGACAUUUCAUUGACACAUGAGGAGACUGAUCCCAAAACUGGUAAAUUGAGUGUGCUGGAUCCAUCAUUGUUUAGUAUCAUGAGUGCUAUGACUAGUACAAGGCAGCCAUCAGACUCAGGGGAUGAUUUGCAAAGCGAAAAAAGCAUGGAGCAGAACAAACAAAUUUUAUUGGCUAUGCAAAGGUAAACUAGAUACUUUAAUUUCCUUCUUAAUAAUUGUAUCACACUGUAGCUAACUGAAAUGGUCAAAACCAUGGUGUCACAUCCCAGUUUAUGUAACUUGAAGAGAACAGGAGUGAAGGAAUUUUUUAUGCAGCUCCCAUACUGAGAGAAGGGCUAAACCCUGUAAACUGUUUUUUCCAAGAUGGUUACACUUGGUAUCCUUAGCAAAGGCCCAAACUCUGCACCUUAUCAUCCAGAAUCCAGUGUGAUGAUCAGAAAGCCACAAAACUGGAUAUGUAUACAAACAUAUUCUAUUGCCAUCUGUACAAAGGUUUUGUGAUAAACAGAUGCUAUCAUCUCUUGCAGACGUCCUCACCUUGAAGCAACAGUUCGUUUGUUGCUUUGGAGAGGUGCAAAUCCAAAUGCAUCAUCUCUUCCAAUGCCAGUUCUCUUUUUUGCUGUGAAAGCUGCAGACACUGCAGCUGUUGAGAUUUUACUCCAGAAAGGAGCUGACACCUCUGCAAAAUUAUCAAAAGAGGUGAGAAUCAGCAUUUUUUGUUAUUACUUUGUAAGUGGCAUUUGUUUUUAGUUGUACAACAACAUAUUUUCAUCUAUUAAGAUUGGCAUGUUACAAGAAUAGAAUUUUGAACAGUUUCUAUGAAUUGACGUUGUGUAAAGUUAUGAUAUAUCAAAGCUACAAUGGAAUUGCUAAAGGGGUGGUAUUUCUUACUUAAUUUAUUGUUUGACUUUGUUUUUGUCUACUGUAACCAGCAAUCAGGAAUUGCUCCUUUGCAUAUUGCUGUAGCUCUGCCUGACCAAACUGGAGUGGAGAUCACGGAGUUGUUGCUGAGGGCAGGUGCUGACCCAAACAUAAGAGACUGUGCAUUUGGUUAUGAAGAAAAUGGAAGAACACCAGCACAUAUAGCAUGUUCGAGAGAAGAUAAUGACCAGGUAUUACAUUUAGUCACACCUGAAAUAAGACAAGCACAGUCCAUAUUCAUCUUCUCCAUUCUUUUUUCUCUUUUGAUUCAUUCUUGUCACUGUGGUGUUUUUCUUUGAGGUUGUCCUAAUUUUUCUAGCAUAAUAAUUAGGAGCACAGAAUCUAAAGGUGACUGAGGUUGGAUUCAUUGUGGGACUCAACAUUUUUUUCAUACCCUUAUGUUCAUCAAAAAGCAUUUUCUUUGUUAUCUAUAUUCCAUUUCAAUUAAUUUAAAUAUUCAACAGUCUGAAGAAACAAUUCAAAAUUUGUCUCACAGCUCUGCAUUACGAGUAGAUGCAACAUGAGUUGGGAUGUAUUUAUCCCCUCCCUUGGGUUGUGGUCUGAGUAAGUGAUAAGCAAUCAGUGUAGGAAAGGAUUAGACCUCCACCAUGACGGCAUUUCAAAAGUUAGGCAAUGAGUUCUGAGGUGACAAACAUUUUUUGUAUUGCAAGGAAAACUGUGUCAUACAGCAUACUUGCUAUCAGUAGUUACAUUACUUUUAGUAACUUUUUGGGUAGGUUUGAUUUUCAUGGUUGCUUUCAGGUAUCAUGUGCUGUUGUAAGGCUCUUGUUAGAGUAUGGAGCCAAUCCGGAUCUCUUGUGUGAAGGACAUUCUGCCCUUUCCUUGGGAAUCUGUAGUGGUAAUGACUUGGUAAGAUAUGAUAUCCUUGUAAACCAUAAUCAUUUAGGAAUCUCUUUAUGUCAAGGGGUACACAUGUAAGACUUCCAUGGGUCAUUGUGUUUGUGCUUGGGCAACACACUUUAACCCUCAUAAUGCUUCUUUCUACCCAUGUGGAAAAGAAGUAGUACUGAUGUAUCUGCCCAAUUAGCAAAAUGCUGAGGUAAUCUAGUGCAGGGUGAAUGAUAUUUCAGCUUUAAAACCUCUCACUUUCAAAAGGAAAAUUUUGAAACUGUUUGUAAAUUCUCCUCGUUCCUUUGACAGGCAGUAGACACACUUCUGGAACAUGGAGCCAACCCCAGUCUGCGGCUUUCCAAAGGAGUAGGUUCAGCACUAUGUGCAGCUACUUCAUUUAUGUCAGAAAGGAGAAGGACUCCAGCAGGAAGAAUAAAGCUAGUAAGCUAAUUUUGAUGUCAACAUUAGUUGAAAGUUAAUGUAAAUUUACCUGACAAGCAUCGUGUACUUAAGAACAAUAGAAACGCUCUAAGUAAUCUUUCAAAUUGGAUAUAAUUUGAUAAUCUGUUGUUGUUGUUUUUUUAAUGAUCAGAUAAACAAGAUAAUGAGAGCUGGUGCAAACAUUUUGUCCCCGAUAAGCGUGAACCAGAAAUAUCCACCAGGAACCGUUGUUGAUUAUGCCUAUAGUGUGUUUUAUCAGGUAAGCAGUUACAAUCCUACAGAGCUGUAAUAUGGAUCGCCUGGGGCAUCCUACAAAAUUUUGGUCGCAAUUCUGAAGUCCGCUUUUUUGCUUAACAGUUGGCUCCGGUUGUUUGAUGGGUGGAUAACACUAUCUGCUGGAUAAAUCUCUAUCCGGUGGAUAGCGCAGCACGUUUUGUUAACAGUUAUCUUCCUUGAUAGUGAUUUGUCCAUCGAAUAGAGUUAUCCAUCCUUUGAACAACUGGGCUGAGAACUUUUUCCGUACAAUUUAGAGAAAAAGACCAAUUUUCUACACUGUCUGUGUAGUUCCGUUUCAAACCAUAUCAUCUUACAGCUACAACGGGUUAAACUGUGAUGUAAUACUAAUCUCACAUUUACAUAAACUUCCAAAGAGGAAAGCGCACGUGCACCCCAGCCCCUCUCCCUCCCCCUCCCCCCUAGCUACGCCCCUGAAAAUACCUGUCCCCUCUUGGGGUUUCUGCCACGUUAACUGCCUCCCUUUUUGUUGAUUUUUAGGACCGCAAGAUUGCUCAUACUCCAUACCAUGCUCUCACGGCAACAGAACGCGAGUGUUACAAUGCGCGACGGGAAAUGUUGGAUCAUCUGGGAGAUCUGCUAAGGACUCAAGUGUUGAAGAAAGAAAAGGAAUUGAUAGAGAAACAGCUGAUGGAAGCGGAAAGACAAGCAGAAGGUGAGUUGUGAAUAUAUUCCAUUGAAAACUUCAUGGUACCUAACGUCUUUUGGUGUCUAAAUCACGGGAAACAUUUAAGGCUACCAUAACCGGGUUAAAUGUGGGACAGUGUAGACCUCCUCCCCGACCCUUGCAUGUAAUCCCUUGUCGUAAUACGUCGUUUCAUACUGCGUUUGUCGACCUAGAGAAGCUUUGGUUCGCCCAUGAUAUUUUGCUUGUGAUUUUUCCUCAUUUUAUGCUGUUACCGUGAUAUAAGCAGAAUAAGAGAUUUAAUUUUUUCAGAUUCACCUGAUUGAUUAUCCUUUUUGGAUGCGUCUUAAUAAACACGAAUUUGUGUUGUAUUUUUUCUUCUCGCCGUAGGAACACAGAAUGUAGAUACAAGUCCUCAGUCCACCUGGGGUAUCCUGAAGUCAUCUGACAGACUGAACAAGCUGAAAGAGCAUGACACCUCCCUUGCUGAGAAAAGAGAUACCUUGAGAUGUAGCAGAGUGAGUUUCCGACUUGAAAACAAGAUCUUUGGUGAAGACGAAGGGGAGGUCCGCGAAAUCGAGGCUCAAGCAGAUCGUGAAGUCGAGGCUAUCACUGGAAUCGAUGGCGAAAGUCCUGGAAUGGAUAAUGAGGUAGGGUCGUUGAAGAGCCAUUUUCUCCUCCAUGUUUAGGCAAUUGUAUUUUUUCUUGGUUCGACCGCGAUCUUCAUCUUUCUUUCAUUCUAGCGAGAGAAAGAUAGUUGGGUGAUUGUAUAGUUACUUGGAUAGAUCGUGAUCAUUAAUAUAUCAUUCCUCUUUGUUUUUAGCAACAGAAAGAUGACAGAAAGUCAGAAUUGUCACCAGCUCCUGAUGGUAGCAAGGAAAGCACUCCAUGUUCUUUAGGGUCCAGAGCUCCUGAGCCGCCCGGUAAACCCCAGUCUCCAGGUCGAGACGAAUACUGCGGUCUGCGAAUUGCAGUGACUAAGGCCGCGGACCACAUGAGCAUAUCCGCACUGGCGACUCAAGCUUUGAAACAACGAAAGCAAGUGAUGAAAAACCGCUUUCGAUAUUGUUAUGAGUGUGGACGUUCAAUAGCAAUUCGCUUGUCGGCCUGUACAAGAUGUAAAGAGGUCUUCUAUUGCAGUAAGUCGUGUAAACUGAAGGCGUGGAAUGCAAGGCACAGGGAGGAAUGUGUCCGACUGACAGGUGGUGGGGUUAAGACAGCUUCCAACCGGCGAGCAGAAAGCCCCACCCCCACCACGGACCCUGAUGUACCUCCUCCCUCUACCACCCCGUCGGGCUCUCAGAGGAAGACGCCUUCACGGGGGAGGGGAGAGAAAGUGCGUAAACCACAGUCUGCUUCGGCCUCGCGAAUGUCUAAGCGAAAUGCUUCUCCGUCGGCAACAAAAGUCAAGAAAUAACGGAGUGUGUUGGAGGAACAAAAUGUGUGUUUUGUAUUGAACAUCGCAAGCAGAAUAAUCUAUGCAUUGAAUGUAUAUUAACAGAAAUUGCGCACUUUGCCUCUUUACCGUCGGCGAAAAUUCAGCUCAACAGAAAUGCAGCUCUUAAGAUGUUCAAUCAUCAUGAUUCCAGUGCUUCAGAUUAAGUUUUUCUUUUCUCCAAAGUUGUAUUUGUUGGCGGGCCAUCAAAUAUUUAUGUUACAGGGGAAUUGUUGCGGGUUUGUCAGUUAUUUGGACGGUCACUCAGUUCUCACCUAACGCCUGGCUCAUCAUUGGCGGUUGCAUUUGGCUUUUAUUUACACUGUUAUUUACAAGAUUGUAUAACUCCAAUCUUGAUUUUGCCGAACCCCAAAAUAUCUUGUUAGCCCACUGAACCAAACGGAAAUUUGGUCUCUAUUUCUGACGUUUGUUUCAAAAAUGUUUUUCAUCUUUUUAUUUAUUAAUUUUUUUUUGAGGGAUGGGGGGUAGCGAUGGGUGUGAUUUGUUCGUUGUCUUUUUGUAAGUAUCGUUGUAUUUGGGUCUGGAUACAAGUUUGCUUAAGGGUGGUUUUAUUUAUGAUCAAAAUCUUUUCAUAUUUAACUAACCAGUCGUUUUGUACAAUAUGAUUAUAUUUAUGAUGAAUAAAUAAAAAAGUAUUUUUUUGGUAAUAAAGCUCCAGCUGCGUCAUUAUUCUUUCUUACUCUUUAUGCGUUCCUUCUUAUAACAAAGUCCUAAAGUUCACC